GUGCUGAAGCUGAACAAGAUGGCUGUGCGUUGGGGAGCGGAGAGCUGAGAGAGAAAGCGAGGGGGGGGAGAAAGAGUCUCAAAAUUAGACAGACAGCCAUUAAAAAAGACAGAGGGAAUAGCGACGCUGGCGCUCACUCUCCAAGUGUGAAGAUUUGUAUUUCUGUCGGGCGUAACGAGCGCUGCCAGGCCCCGUCUGUGCCAGCGACGGCAGGCUUCUCCAUCUCCACCUCCACCUCCAGCCCCAGCGACUCGUUCCCAGGCUGUAAAUUGCACAGAUUAGCUCAAUUACGGAAGCUGGUGAAGAAACUGGACCUUGUACCAAAGGCGCAUAUAAGAAAUGUCAUUGCUGUGUGUUGGAGUGAAAAAAGCCAAGCUUGAUGGACCCCAAGAGAAAUUUAACACAUACGUGACCCUGAAGGUGCAGAAUGUUAAGAGCACCACCAUCGCUGUGCGCGGCAGUCAGCCAUGCUGGGAGCAGGACUUCAUGUUUGAAAUAAACCGCCUGGAUCUGGGCCUGACAGUGGAGGUGUGGAAUAAAGGGCUGAUCUGGGACACCAUGGUGGGCACCUUAUGGAUCCCCCUGCGCAACAUACGGCAGUCCAACGAGGAUGGUCCAGGCCAGUGGCUGACUCUGGACGCCAAUGCGAUCAUGGGCGAGAACGAGGUCUGUGGAACCAAAGACCCGACCUUUCACAGGCUGCUGCUCGACACCCGCUUUGAACUGCCACUAGACAUUCCUGAGGAAGAAGCCAGAUACUGGGCCAAGAAACUUGAACAACUAAAUGCCAUGAGAGAUCAAGAUUAUGCCUAUCAAGAAGAACAGGAGCGACCACUCCAUGCACCAACCACACAGUGCUGUAAUUGGAGUCUGUGGGGAGAUCAGCAAAACGAGGAUCCAGACAGCGCCGUGGACGACAGGGACAGUGACUACCGCAGCGAGACCAGUAACAGCAUCCCGCCUCCCUACUACACCACCUCCCAGCCAAACGCUUCCAUGCACCAGUAUCCCAUGAGGCACCAGCAAUACAGACACUCCUAUGGCGACGACAUCCACGACCUGGACUACGACCACAGAGCCAUGAGACACUAUGAUAGUUUAGACUCGGCCACCAACGGGCGCAGCGAUAUCGACUCAGGCUCAGGAUCGAGCCGGCGCACCAGCCGUCAGUAUUCUCUAGACAGUAGGCAUUCACUGUCCGAUAGUCCCACAGACAGUCGUUACGCCUCGUCAGGCGAGUUGAGUCGAGGCAGCUCUCAGCUCAGUGAGGAGUUUGUUGCUGAGGACGGCGAGAGCUUGCGAGGUUCAGAGUUCUACGAUGAAAACGACUCCUACCACUCCUGCCACUCCUCCGUCAGCUACGGCAAAGAGGAUUCCCCAGGAUGGGAUGGUGAGGACCCCCAAGGCGUCUACAGUGAUGAGGGAGGCUACCUCAAAGAUGGAGGGGAAGAGGGGGCGCUGUACGCCGAAGAGGAGGGCGACAUGUACGGGGAGGAUGGAGAGUACAACUACGAAGAUGAGGAGGACAUGCCUUUCGAGGAAGAUGAAGAUAUGUAUCCACUUGACGGCACACUCAGUGAAGACCAGGAGCCACCCUACACCCCCACACCUACAAGCACUGCCCCCACCCUGAUGCCACCCUCUGAUAGUCUUGCCUCCACCAGGCCACCUCUGGAGAAGCAGCCGUCGCUGCAUCAGCAGCGGCCGGCCCAAGAUCAGGUCCAACCCCCCAGCACAGCUCCUGGUCUACCUCCAGUCACACAGGAUGACACAUUGCCCCCUUUCAGUGCAGAAUCCACCAAGCCUCCAUUUACACCCACCCAGCCAGCUCUGUCAACCACCACCACAUCCACCCCUACGACCACAUCACAGGUUCCAGCUCCAGAUACCAAGCCCCUGGAGCCUGAACCCGAGUCCAGAGUGCCACUGGAAGAACCUAAACCUCCUGAGCAGCCUCCGGCAGCAGAGAGUGUCCCCCCAGCUCCUACGGAGAAAACAGAGGAGCCACCUAUUCCAAGUUUCCCAAAGAGGGAAAUCAUGGAACCUGGUCCUGCCAGAGCCAAAGCCAACUGGCUUCGACUUUUCAGCCGAGUACGACUACAGCUGCAAGAGGCUCGAGGAGAAAGUGUUGGCAUCGCCUCUCUGCUUUUAUCAGCAGGGAUGGGUGGCGCUCUGUAUAGCAUUGACAGCAUGCCAGACCUCAGGAAGAGGAAAGCUAUGCCUCUCGUCCGAGAUCUGGCUAUGUCCUUGGUUCAGAACUCCAGGAAGGCAGGCAUCACCUCAGCCCUGACGUCCAGCACGCUGCAUAAUGAAGAACUGAAGAGUCACGUCUACAAGAAGACCCUCCAGGCCCUUAUUUAUCCCAUCUCCUGCACCACCCCGCACAAUUUCGAGGUGUGGACAGCCACCACGCCCACUUACUGCUACGAGUGUGAGGGACUACUGUGGGGUAUCGCUCGCCAGGGCAUGCGCUGUACCGAGUGUGGAGUCAAAUGCCACGAGAAGUGCCAAGAUCUACUCAAUGCUGAUUGUCUGCAAAGAGCAGCAGAGAAGAGCUCCAAACACGGUGCCGAGGACCGAACCCAGAACAUCAUCAUGGUUCUCAAAGACCGCAUGAAGAUCCGCGAGAGAAACAAACCCGAGAUCUUCGAACUCAUCCAGGAGGUGUUCGCCAUCGUCAAGGCCACCCACGUCACCCACAUGAAGCAGAUCAAACAGAGCGUGCUCGAUGGCACCUCUAAGUGGUCGGCCAAGAUCAGCAUCACAGUGUUGUGUGCCCAGGGUCUACAAGCCAAGGAUAAAACCGGCUCCAGUGAUCCUUAUGUCACCGUCCAGGUGGGAAAAACCAAAAAGAGGACCAAGACCAUCUACGGCAACCUCAACCCUGUCUGGGAGGAGACGUUUAAUUUUGAAUGCCACAACUCCUCGGACCGCAUCAAGGUGCGAGUGUGGGAUGAGGACGACGACAUUAAGUCCCGUGUGAAGCAGAAGUUCAAGCGCGAGUCGGACGACUUCCUCGGUCAAACUAUCAUCGAGGUCCGCACUCUGAGCGGAGAGAUGGAUGUCUGGUACAAUCUGGACAAGCGUACAGACAAGUCAGCUGUGUCCGGGGCUAUUCGAAUGCACAUUAAUGUGGAGAUCAAAGGAGAGGAGACGGUCGCCCCCUAUCACGUCCAGUACACCUGUUUGCAUGAAAACCUUUUCCACUAUGUGACAGAUAUCCAGAACAACGGUGUGGUGAAGAUCCCCGAUGCCAAAGGGGAUGACGCAUGGAAGGUCUACUUUGAGGAGACGCCCCAGGAGAUUGUAGAUGAGUUUGCCAUGCGUUACGGAGUGGAGUCCAUCUACCAGGCCAUGACUCACUUUGCCUGCCUAUCAUCCAAGUACAUGUGCCCAGGUGUGCCUGCAGUGAUGAGUACCCUACUGGCUAACAUCAAUGCCUACUACGCUCACACCACCCAGGCAACAAACAACGUAUCUGCCUCCGACCGCUUCGCUGCCUCUAACUUUGGAAAAGAGAGAUUUGUCAAGCUUCUGGACCAGCUCCACAACUCCCUGCGCAUUGACCUGUCCAUGUACCGCAACAAUUUCCCUGCCAGCAGUCCCGAGAGGCUGCAGGACCUCAAGUCCACAGUGGACCUCCUCACCAGUAUCACCUUCUUCAGAAUGAAGGUUCAAGAGCUUCAGUCUCCUCCCAGAGCCAGCCAGGUAGUGAAGGACUGUGUCAAAGCCUGUCUCAACUCCACCUACGAGUACAUCUUUAAUAACUGUCAUGAGCUGUACAGCCGCGAGUAUCAGACAGACCCGGCCAAACAGGGUGCUGUGCCUCCAGAGGAGCAGGGACCCAGCAUCAAGAAUCUGGACUUCUGGUCCAAACUCAUCACACUUAUCGUCUCCAUUAUUGAGGAGGACAAGAACUCCUACACUCCCUGCCUAAACCAAUUUCCCCAGGAGCUCAACGUGGGUAAAAUCAGCGCUGAAGUGAUGUGGAACCUGUUUGCUCAGGAUAUGAAGUAUGCAAUGGAGGAACAUGAAAAAAAUCGCUUGUGCAAGAGUGCGGAUUACAUGAACCUGCACUUCAAGGUCAAGUGGCUGUACAACGAGUACUGCAAAGACCUGCCCUUCUUCAAGAGCAGAGUGCCUGAAUAUCCUGCGUGGUUUGAGCCAUUUGUCAUUCAGUGGCUGGACGAAAAUGAGGAGGUGUCUCGGGACUUUCUGCACGGCGCUUUGGAGAGAGACAAAAAAGAUGGGUUCCAGGUCACAUCAGAACAUGCUCUGUUCUCCUGUUCGGUGGUGGACGUGUUUUCUCAGCUCAACCAGAGCUUUGAGAUCAUCAGGAAGUUAGAGUGUCCGGAUCCGCAGAUUGUAGGACACUACAUGAAGCGAUUUGCAAAGACCAUCAGCAAUGUGCUUCUGUCCUACGCUGAUAUCAUCUCCAGGUUGUUCGCCAACUAUGUCACCAUGGAGAAAGUGCCCUGCAUCCUGAUCAACAACAUCCAACAGCUGAGAGUUCAGCUGGAGAAGAUGUUUGAAGCCAUGGGUGGAAAAGAUCUGUGUGUGGAGGCCAGUGACAUCCUGAAGGACCUGCAGGUUAAGCUCAACAAUGUCAUGGAUGAUCUCAGCAGGGUCUUUGCUGUCAGUUUCCAGCCUCACAUAGAGGAGAAUGUGAAGCAGAUGGGAGACAUCUUGGCUCAAGUGAAGGGAACGUCAAAUGUGGGAAAUGCCAGCAGCGUGGCGCAGGAUGCUGACAAUGUCCUGCAGCCCAUCAUGGAGUUCCUGGACAGCAACCUGACUUUGUUUGCUAAGAUCUGUGAAAAGACGGUGCUGAAACGUGUGUUGAAGGAGCUGUGGAAGCUGGUGAUGAACACCAUGGAGAAGACCAUCGUUCUGCCGCCACUCACAGACCAAACGAUGAUUGGGAGGCUGAAGAGUGCUUCUCACAGUGAUGGCACUCAGCUCAUAUUUAACGCUGCCAAGGAGCUGGGACAGCUGUCCAAGCUGAAGGAGCACAUGGUUCGUGAGGAGGCCAAAGCGCUCACCCCUAAGCAGUGUGCUGUGAUAGAGCUGGCCCUGGACACCAUCAAGCAAUAUUUCCAUGCUGGUGGUGUGGGUCUGAAGAAGACUUUCCUGGAGAAGAGUCCUGACCUCCAGUCUCUCCACUACGCCCUGUCCCUCUACACGCAGGCUACAGACAAACUCAUUAAGACCUUUGUCCAGUCACAGAAUGCCCAAGUGUUCGGCGGGAAGGGGGUGAGGUUCACCACUAGUGAGGAUGUUUACCCAGAGAAGGGAUCUGGAGUGGACGAUGCCGUGGGAGAGGUGUCCAUCCACGUGGAGAUCUUUACUCACCCCAACACUGGAGAGCACAAGGUCACAGUGAAAGUGGUGGCUGCCAAUGACCUGAGGUGGCAGACGCAGGGAAUAUUCCGGCCAUUUGUGGAGGUGUAUAUCAUCGGCCCUCACCUCAGCGACAAGAAGAGGAAGUACGCCACCAAGUCGAAGAACAACAGUUGGGCUCCCAAAUACAAUGAAACCUUCACUUUCACCCUGAGUAGCGAGGUGGGUCCUGAGUGCUAUGAGCUGCAGGUGUGUGUGAAGGACUACUGCUUCGCGCGAGAGGACCGCACCGUGGGCAUGGCUGUCCUGCAGCUGAAGGAUGUAGCCUCUAAGGGCAGCGUCGCCUGCUGGCUACCACUAGGUAAACGCAUCCACAUGGACGAGACGGGCCUCACUGUCCUGCGUAUCCUCUCCCAACGCAACAACGACGACGUGGCCAAGGAGUUCGUCAAGCUCAAGUCGGACCAGCGCUCUGCAGAAGAGGGCCGCAGCUAAGAGACAUGACAGAAAUUUAAAAUGACCCGUCUGAAGCUCAAUCAGACUUUGCCACCUACUGCCCCGGAGCUCUCAGGAGCCACCGCUAGCCACUGCCCUGAUGAUCCAGUGUUGUAAAAGCACAGAUAAGACACCACACAUCCAGUGCUGUAAAUACAUUCAUUUCAGUGGAAAGUGCUAAACAAGUCAUCACUAAUCUUCUUCAAAAAGCACCAGUGUAUCUCUAUCACUGCAGAUAUUAUAUCAGCCAUCCUUUUGACGAACAGUAUAUAGAGUUUAAUCACAGAGCAUAUAUCUACUUUCCUCUGUCCGAAGAGGUAAGUCAUGCCAUUACAAGCACGCACGCACGCACACGCACGUGCACACACACACACACACACACACACACAUACACACCCACACCUCGUUUGACUGGUUAAGGUGAGAAAUAUUUUGUAGCCUUUAAUAUUUUGGCUUCCUCUCGUCCCCUCCCUGGCCUUCACCCGCUCAGAGAAGGGAUGGCAAGUGCCAACAGAUAAUCGCUGAAAUAUGCCAAGACCAGCCCUAAGCACAACAGGACCAACUGUCCAACUGACUCAUUAACAACAACAACAACGGCUGCAAGGCCUCAAACAUUCCAGAUAUCGGGCGGGGAACAAAGCACUAUUUAGUUAAGAUAAUUUUAAUAUUUAUUUACUGCUCUCUUCCAAAUUAUAUUUAUAUUUAAAUAAUUCUAUAUAUCAUAUAAUAUAUAAUAUACGAAGGACAUAUGUAAAGUUAUAUACAGGAUUAUUCGAUGGACGUGUGGUCCUUGAAAGAUUGUCCUCGUCUGUCUUUAUGUCCGUCUACCCUGUAACAGAGCACACUGCCUGACACCCUCAAUGCCUUCUGUCUUGUUGACCCUCGUAUGGUGUGUCUGUCUCCUAUAUAGCGACAGUAUAGAGAGUAAUCUGAUGAAAACACGCCUUCAAGCACUGUGAUUCAUCAGAGUAUAUGUGUGUGAGAAUGUCCAAGUGUGAAUGUAUACAUAACUAAUGCGCGAGUGUGUUUGUAAGAUCGUUCUAAUGUCGACCUCAUGUAGCCGCCCGUGUUGCCUGUUACCUGCAAAUGUAAUCACAGAAAGCCAUCACAAGCGACGAACAUCACACAGAGGGGGGUGUUCAUAUUCAGAUUAGAUUCUGGAGGAUUUUCAAAGUGUCUUUUACUCUGGGGAGGAUGCAUCUUAUAUCUUAUGAUGGUUAUUUCCAUCGUUUUUGUUGUUACUGCAAACAUUCCCAACAGCCCUGUACUGGGUGUGUGAGAGGUGCGCGACAGAGGGAGAAAAACUGCCACUUCCUUUUCUUACAAAUUGCCAAAUCAAAACCUGCAUGUGAGGAGAUCAUGGAAACCUGAGAUCCUAUUUUGCAAAAGCAACAUGCUCUGAGGCAAAAAUAUCUUACAAAACCACACACGCUGCACCCCAGGGAGAGCAAAAAUCAGUAAUGAUUUACCACCCAUGAUCUCCAAUGAUCCAGCUGCAGGUGCUGUAACCCUGAUCUCUGAUACAGAAAAGUCAGACCUCUGCUAAAGGGCUGCAGAUCCAGGUCCACACCAGGUCUGGCGCUGACAUUUAAAAGAGGGCCUACAGCUUCGUAGAGAUGUAGUGUGAAGAUUUUAGAAGCACAGGGUCUUUAAUGCACCCAUAAUAACACGUUUAUACUCAGAUAUUUUUAUUUUAUUUUCAGUAAAUGUUUAUGGAAUGACAGGAAAUACACAUCAAGGCUUCAGAUCAUCCUACAGUGAAAUCAUUUCUUUAAUCUAGAGUUGAUUUCAUGUGAAACUAAAUGUUUUGAAGUGACUAUUGACUGUCCAGCAUGUCUCUUAAUUCAACUUCUAUUUUCAUGAA